AUGGCCUGGACCCCUCUCCUGCUGCCCCUGCUCACUCUCUGCACAGCCUCUGUGGCCUCCUACGAGCUGACACAGCCGCCCUCGGUGUCGGUGAACCCGGGACAGACGGCCAGGCUCACGUGUGGGGGAAACAGCAUUGGAAGUAAAAAUGUCCACUGGUACCAGCAGAAGCCCGGCCAGGCCCCCGUGCUGGUCAUCUAUAAGGAUAGCAACCGGCCCUCAGGGAUCCCUGACCGAUUCUCAGGCUCCAACUCGGGGAACACGGCCACCCUGACCAUCAGCGGGGCCCAGGCCCAGGACGAGGCCGACUAUUACUGUCAGGUGUGGGACAGUGGUAAUUCACUGUGGUAUGUUUUCGGCGGCGGGACCCAGCUCACCGUCCUAGGUCAGCCCAAGUCGGCACCCUCAGUGUCUCUGUUCCCGCCCUCCGCUGAGGAGCUCAGCAAGAACAAGGCCACCCUGGUGUGUCUCAUGAGUGACUUCUACCCGGGCAGCGUGACGGUGGCCUGGAAGGCAAAUGGCACCCCCGUCACCCAGGGCGUGGAGACCACCAAGCCCUCCAAGCAGAGCAACAACAAGUACGCGGCCAGCAGCUACCUGAGCGUGUCCAGCCAAGACUGGAAAUCCGCCAGCGCCUACAGCUGCCAGGUCACGCACGACGGGAAGACCGUGGAGAAGACAGUGGCCCCCUCAGAGUGUUCGGUGUUCGGCGGAGGGACCCAGCUGACCGUCCUAGGUCAGCCCAAGUCGGAACCCUCAGUGUCUCUGUUCCCGCCCUCCGCUGAGGAGCUCAGCAAGAACAAGGCCACCCUGGUGUGUCUCAUGAGUGACUUCUACCCGGGCAGCGUGACGGUGGCCUGGAAGGCAAAUGGCACCCCCGUCACCCAGGGCGUGGAGACCACCAAGCCCUCCAAGCAGAGCAACAACAAGUACGCGGCCAGCAGCUACCUGAGCGUGUCCAGCCAAGACUGGAAAUCCGCCAGCGCCUACAGCUGCCAGGUCACGCACGACGGGAAGACCGUGGAGAAGACAGUGGCCCCCUCAGAGUGUUCCUAGGACCUGAGUCCCCACUUCUGGGGACACUUCUCCGUCAGACUCUCCCUUCCCCCACUCUCCACUGAACCCCUGAGGCUCCUGCCCUGGUCCGCUCAGACUGGGCAGGUCUCCAUCCCUCCCCGUUUCCACUUCUCCUAAAUAAAC